CCCUUUUUCGCCUGUUGCGAGUCAGUCUCAAGUCAGCCUCCAGUCAGUCAGUCGCUAGUCUCUCUGCUCUACCAGUAGUGAGUAGUCAUCAUCAGUUGUCAAAUACUCGAAGCGAAGUUGCCAAAACCUCCCCUGCUUCCUUCUUUCCAUCCACUUCCAUCCACAAUUAACACACUCUUGACACUUUGCUCUCCUGGGCAUUCCAUUGCAUUCAAUUCCUGCUCAGGCGAGCGAUGGCCACGCCCUCCGGUGCCUGGCCCGCCCUGGCCUCGCCUAUCCCGACCUCCACCGAUAUGGAACCCACCGAAGCCAUCGGGGUGGGCGAACGCCUCUUCGCCACCACGCCUUCCGGGCGGAAUUAUCUUUCGGAUUUCAUGCACUCCCAGGAGCCUAUCGACCCCGAUCACGAUGAGGAUGAGGCGGAUUUGACAGCGGAGGCGGCAGAGGAUUAUCGUUUGAGCACCACCCAUAUGACAGGAUCACUCCAUGAACUUCAAGAAGACGCCGUUAUCAAAGAUGAUAAAACUCAACAAGAGGUAGCGGAAGUGAUGCAGAGGAGCAUGGAGGCUUGUCAAAUCAAUCCGGACACCGUGUCCCGCUUGAGCUCGCCGCGCAAAAGGUCGUCCGCCUCACCCGCCCUCAGCCCUGAGCUCGACACCGACGACGAAGAUGACGACGACGACGACGACGACUUUGAAGACGCUCAAGAGUCGUUGAGUCCCAGCCAAAAGAGGCUCGAGAGUCAGUCCUCGUCGGUGCCCGAUCCCGGCAUCAUGAACUCACCCACGUGGCGACAACAGCGCAAACACGUGUUCGUUCUGUCCGAAUCCGGCAAGCCCAUUUUCAGCCAACACGGCGAUGAGGACGAACUGGCCUCGCUCAUGGCUGUUAUGCAGGCCAUGGUCUCGUACGUGAUCGAUAUGGGCGACGUCUUGAAGAGCAUGAGUGCCGGGGGUAAACAGAUCGCGUUCUUGCAUAAAGGACCGCUCAUUUUGGUGGCUGUCACGCAAGGCAACGAGAGUGCCAGCCAAUUGGCCGUUCAGCUCACUUAUGUGUACCACCAGAUCUUGUCCAUUCUCACGUUGGGCCAAUUAACGCGGAUCUUUGAGCGCAAACCGGGCUUUGAUCUCCGGAAGAUGUUGGCGGGCUCGGAGAGGCUCAUCCAGAGCCUGGUUCGAGCCAUGGACUCGGAUCCGAGCUUCAUGCUGUCGGCCGUGAGAGUCCUGCCCUUGGCCCAAGCCAUCCGGGAUGAUAUCACAAAGACCGUGAUUCAAUCCUGUCAGAAGAUCAAGAACCUCGUGUUUGCCAUCAUGAUCGCGGACAAUAAACUGGUGGCUCUAAUUCGGAUGAAGAAGUACUACAUUCAUCCGGCCGAUCUUCACUUGUUGCUGAAUCUAGUGAAUACCACAGAGUCUUUCAAGCAUUCCGAGGCGUGGUUACCUAUUUGUCUCCCCAAAUUUGAUCCCAGCGGGUUCGUCCACGCCCAUAUCUCUUAUUUGUCAGAUGAUUGCCAGGCUUGUCUACUUAUGAUCACCGCCGAGCGGGAUAUCUUCUUCGAAGUAUCCGAAGCCAAAGGCAAGAUUGUUGAAGUCAUGACCAAAAACAAUACUCUCCUGCCCAUUUCCGAAAGCAUGACGAAAUCGAAGGAAACUCCGGCGGAUCUCGACUUUCCCGAAUUGCGACACUUUCUCUACAAAUCUAGAAGUGCGGCUCAAUUCACCUCGCCCAUUGCGGCCACCGCAUACCAAGACGAGAAAGAUGCCGAUCGUCUGCACGGGAUCUACUUAGAAAUGCAGCACCAGCUCCACUCGCCGCAUCGUCCCUUGAAACUGAUUUAUCGCGGAGAUUCGCAGGAAAACGUCUUGGGCUGGGUGACGCAAACUUUCGAAUUGUACGCCGCAUUUUCACCCGAUGCCACCAAGGCCACAGCCAUCAAGACUAUAAACGCAGUGUUGAAAUGGUGUAAGAAGGAGGAAACCUCACUGUUCAUCUUGAAUGCCCCCACUUUUUGAGCUGACCGAUUUUUCAUUCACCCCCAAUAAAGACACGCUUGACGCACCCAUAACA